AUGGCUGCCAACAACAUCUCUUCAAAACGUGCUGGGAAAAUUGUCGAUUACAAGCAACUAAACGCGCUGUCAUCAGUCGUAUUAUAUGACACAGGAAAAAAGAAGAAGAAUGCUUCCUUUUACGAAGUCGAACGAGUCAUAACAAGGCGCAGAGUUUGCCAUGUGAGUUGUGUUUUCAAUUCGCAUUAUUCGCUUGUAAUAUAUUUUGAAUGCGUUUAUAAUAAUAGUAUAUACUUUGCUAUAUUUUUACCGUUUCCUACUGCACCGAAACUUUAUAUUUUGUGCAGUAGAUACCUUUAUUGGUUCACGUUAAUCAUGGAGAUGCUAUAUAUUUUAAAGGGCUACGAAUACUUAAUAAAAUCGAAAGGAUGGUCUCUGGAGACCUCCACGUGGGAACCUUCAGAAAAUUUAUCGCCAGAUCUGUUGAGGUAUGUUUUAUAACCGAAAGUUCUGCUUAUAGUACCUUUACCAAGCAAAUAUUAUGAACUGAAUUUUUUUUAGAUUAUUUCUUAUGCUCUAUUGGUAUUGGUAUUAAUUUUUUAAAUGAGUUCUGAUUUUCAGAUUUUAUUCUCCAUUGAGCAUGCCUGUAAAAGGAAAAUUCUCGUCUUGACAAAUACAAAAUUCAGUUUGGAUCUUGAUUGUUGUAGCUGGAAGUCUGAAUCGGAAAGCCGGGAUUGCAACUUGCACAAUUAUAUUUCAUUUUGGUCACUAAGAAUGUCCUCAUGACCCAGCUCUCCUAGGAGGCUUUUCUACAGGCAUGACAUUGAACACAGUAAAAAUGCAUUUCAACAGACAACACACAAGUUUUACUGAUUAAUUUUAAUUUGCAGAAACUACGAGGAACCACCAAUAACAAAUGAGAGACUGCAAGUGGCAUCCUCGCAAUUUGCCUGUGGUGUCACUAGUGCCCUUCGAAGUCGACGAUCAGCACCGGUUUAUAUCACCAUCGACUUAGAUGUGUGGAGAUAUGUGGUAUUUGAAAAAGGGGUUCCCUCUGAACACCGUGGUCAUCAUUUGUUCAAAAUGGAAGACUUCCGCAAAUUUAAAUAUUUACCCGAGAAUUGGUGGUACAACCUAAAUGGAGAUGGAAAUGGAAUUUCAGUUGACUUCCCGUUGAAAGCCAAACCUAUAUUAUCUUGGUCACCAAAGAAAUACACAAAAAAGGAUGGUAAAAUGGUUGAGGCAAAAAGAUUCCCAGUAGAAAAAGUUUGUCUAACAAUAAUUAGGAAAUCUUGUGUGGCAGAGCAAAUUUAA